UGAAUAAUUAUGUAGAAUUGAGAAUGGGAAAGAUACAUUUCGUACACGUCUGGAUCAAAACCCCCGACGCGGCGCACCUGACUAGUCUUGCGGUAACGGCGAUAUAACGUGGAAACGUAACUCAAUUUGCGAUGUGGUUAAUAUAAAGACUUAUUUGGUGUUCGUUUCCUUGCAAGCGCCAAUUUGGCAUGGGAACGCAACGGUAUUCGUUCUCGCAGUAUUCAAGUUCGCGUGUAUAUACAGUGUGCAGCUUUGUAAUCGGUAAAAAUAGCAAUAUUAAUACUUGAUUCGAUCCGCAGACACAAAAUCAAAACCGCUGCCAACGUUCUGAGCCCCAACUUUCUAGUUUAUUUCUAUUUCUGAUUUUCGUUAACGGCGAACACGACAACUACGUUUCCCGAAGGCGAUGCCAAUAUUUACCCGUCGAAGUCAUUUCCUCUGGCCGCGCCAAUGAAAUUUAUAGACUCUUUCUUAUUUUCCGGACGUAAAUUGGGUCGGCAGACGGAACCGUCAAUAUUUACGUCGAGUUUCCUACGUGAAACCGCGCUUCUCGCCACUAGUAAAUCAAACAUUACGAGAAUUUGUCAUUUAUACAAUUUCUUCUUCGUAAUGAAAAAGCGACGAUAUUCUGUAUGAAGAAUAUAUACCGUGACGAAAUAGGGCGGGUGCCUUUCGCGAUGUAGGCAACAAAAAUUAAAAAAGAAGAAGAGAACAUAACCAAACAUUGCAUUCGGUGGUGGUUUUUAAGGUGUUCCGUCGUCACGAUCAUCCUUUUGAUCUUCUUGAUGGACCGACUGGAAAGCAGACCCCAAUCGUUUAAUAAAAACCACGAGCUCCUCGUGAAUUUAGGCCUGCAGAAGAUUCGCAGCCCAAAUACGCACCACAGAAAAAGACUGGCGGUCGAGUCGAGGCAUCACAUACGUCCCGACGAUUCUCACAUGUUUAUCAUCAAGCUGCCUCCCAAUCCGCACUACUACGCGUUUAAUCAGCCGGAUCGCGUUCUACCGGACGCGAAAAAGAUACCGGUCGGGUUUAAAAGUAACGGCAAACCGGGCAAGAUUUACCACUGGAACAUUCCGGUGAUCAAGCAGUACGUCGCUCACAAACAAAAAUCGAGGACGAACGACGUCGAUCUGGACAAUCCGGAGACAUGGAACGAAGUCCUCGACAAACCGGUCAACCCGCACAAGAAACCGCUAAAGCCGAGCUACUACGUACCCCAGAAACCGAAAAAGUCGAGUUUUACGAAAUAUUUUCCGGGAAACGGAAAACCGUCCUCGCUCUACGUGAUUCAGAAAAAUAAACGGGCUCAUUAUCAUCGACUGUUACCGUAGAGCAGUAUUUUUUGUGGUUAUUUGCGGUACGAGACUGUGCAAUACAAUCGUAAGUUUUUUUUUAUUCGUAAGUAACGCGUAAGUUAGACUGAUAUAUAGAAACCAAUAUAGAACUGUAUUUAAGUCAUCGUUUUUAUAAUAAAUGUAUAUUUAAUUGGU